AUGAUGAUGAUGAUGCGCCGUGUGAUGUGCGUGUUGGCCGUUGUGCUGUGCUGCCCCUGCGGGUAUACCAUGACGGCGGCUGCUUCUACUGCUGGACAACUAAAGGCGGUGAUGGCGCUUGACGGCAUUCCUGGUGGUGACGGUGCCUUCGAAGAAUACGAUCCUGAUAUUUUUCGAAACACUCAUCGUGGAGGCAGUGGCUCUUCUUCUGAAUCCCGUUCUCUGCCUGCUACCGGAAUUCAUCCUAGUAACUCACAAGAGCAGGACAUUCAUAGUAGACCAGGUGUGUCGGAACAAAGAGACGAAAGACAAGAAGUACCAGUUCCAGCACCACUCCCAGGACCACUCGAAGCACCAGUCAAAGGACCAGCACAACCACCUUCUGAGGGACCACAUGUUGAUCAGAACGUUGUGAAACAUGGAGAAAAGCAACCACAAAUCACUUCUUCGCCUGUUCAAGAGGAUGGCACCCAACAUGUUAGUGCUGCUGUCAGUUCAUCGGUUAUUUCUGCCCCUCAAGCGGAGAGGAGUACCUCUACUAAUGGAGGUGGUGAUAGUGCUGAAGAACACACCGAAACUCAGCAGUCUAAUCCACCUAAAGAAGGUAACCCAGGAUCAUCAAAUAACACAGGGGAUAACAUUGUACCUGGCGAUAAUAAUACUCCUCAACAAUCUUCUCCUGCACCUGUUAAUGCAACUGCCACACCAGACUCACAAGAAACAAAUACCACUACUCCGCCGAUCUCCGAUAACACUACCACAGAAGCACCAACCACCACUACAUCACCUGUUCCUGUACCCAACGCAGAGAUCAGCAACACCAUCACUUCCACCCCAAAAAACAAGGCUAAUGCUGACAGCAGUAUCAGUUCUGUGUGGAUGCACACUGCAGCACCGCUGCUGAUUGUGGCUCUGUUGUUCUCCUUUACUGUGUACUAA